AGUAACGGUAACAGUAUUAGAAUUAGAAUCUACUCUACUUUAUUUAUUUAUUAGCAGGUUGUUCCAGCUUUUUAUAAAAUUCACUUAUUUUGUCCAGUUAAUUCUUGAUCGCAAUGUUAAAUGAAUGUGUUGUUAUCAAUUCAAUGCAACUGGCCUUGUUACACACUUGAAGUCACACUUGGCUUAGUGACUUAGUCUUAGUCUUAGUUUAAGUUAGUAGUGAAGUAGUGAAGUGUAAGAAAUUAAAGUAAGUCCAAGUACUCAAAGUCAAGUCAACUAAAAAGUAAAAAGACCAACAAAAAAAAGUGAGUGAGAGUGUCAAGUCAACUGCCAAAUAACAAAUACUGGUGAACUUGACUUUCACUCCCUUGAUUUUUACAUUUGACAUUAGACAUUUUACUAAGACUACUACACUACGAGUACGAGAGUUCCUGUUUAAAAAAGUCCAUCCAGAGUUAGUGAGACUUAGACUACUCUAACAGAAAUGAGAAAGGCUUAGUCUUCUUCUUUAAACUUCUUACUAUACUGCUCAACUACUACUGCUACUGUAACAGGUUACUGAGGAUAUCUCAAUCUGAGAUACCCACUACAAUAUACCAGUUUUCACACUCACUCUUUAACUUUAUUUAAUGACUUGGACUUGACUUUAUGUUUUAAACGUUAGUUAGUAGGUUAGAUUAAAUUGCCUUGCCUUCUUAUUCUUAUACAUGAAGUAGGUAUUCAAUUUUAAUGGUACACUAUUUAGUAGGCAUAGAGUAUGAUGGAGUAUUAUAGUCAUAGGCUGCGUAGGACUUAAGUUAUAUUUAUAUUAUUAUUAAAAUUUGAAUAUUAUUUUCAGCUUCAAGGUUUUGACUUGACUUUUAAUUUUAUGUUAUGUGGAAUCCUGGGUCAUAUAUGACUAUUUAUUUCGCUAAUAUUUAGAUUUAACUUACCUUAUUAAUAUUUUUGUAACUACAGAUACCACUGGGUUGGGAUAGGGGCAUAGCUAGGGCACCUCACAUUAGUGCUGCCUGUGUGACCAAGAUUUUUACCUCACCCCUUCCACCCAAAAAAACCCUCCUCAGCAGUUGGCCAAAAAUGAUUAUGAAUCUCCUGGGCAUUAGUAAUAAUAUAUUUUUGAUUUGUCAUAUUAGUUCUAUUUUACUCUAGGUAAUUCAUACUUUUUCAUAGCCAAUUAUUAUUUUAAAAUUAUAUUAUUAUUAUAUAGGUUGGCUAAGCUAACCAUUAAUUAAUGUUAAGGGUUGAAAACAGGAUCAGGAACUAUCACCAGGGGGGGGGGGGGGGGGGGGGGGGGGGGGGGGGGGCGCGAAGGGCUGGCUGCCCUUGGGUUAAUGUUUAUUUAUUAUCAUCAGUGGGGCUAAAACCCAUGGAGGGAUAUGCUGCUUCUCUCCAUUAGCAAUGGGGUAUUAAUUAUAGUCAUGAGAAGAUUAUUGACCGUUAAGUCUAUAAUUUAUUUAUAAUUACUAUUAUUAAUUCUAAAGUCGGAUAUGGGUUAUAGAUUACAUACAGAACACAUGCUCAAUAUUUAAAGAGGCCUCAAAUUUAGGCUACAUGUAAAUCUCAUUCAUAAAUAAACACAGGUUAUUUAAUCUAAGCUUAUAGAACAUGAGAGUCUUAACCAGACAAUUUAAGCUUAGUUACAUAAAAAAUGGGAUUCGGUACCCACCAAUUUCUGAUACUGACAAUGUGUAAAUGACCCUCUAACCUAGGACAAAUUAAUUUCUAUCAAACUUAGAUUGAAACAGGGAAAAAAUUAAAAUGAGCCGGGACAAAUGACUUUUUGAAAGGUUGAAUUUUUUUUUUAACUUGGGAGAAUUGACUGAAAAAUUGAAGAUUUGACAUACCUGGCAGCUUUUUCAUUUUCAUAAUGUUCAGAUUUGUUAUUAGAUUUGUUAUUAGAAAUAUAUUUGUUAAAAGUUAAAUUAAAGAUUUGACAUACCUGGCAGCUUUUUCAUUUUCAUAAUGUUCAGAUUUGUUAUUAGAAAUAUAUUUGUUAAAAGUUAAAUUAAAGUAACUGAUUUUGUUACAUGUACUUUUCUUUAUCAUGGCACAAAAUUUUAAAAAAUAAAAUUUAUUUUCUGGUAUUAUCUUAGAAUAUGUAUCUAUCAUUAGUUAAAAUAUAAUGCAUUUCUACACAUCAAUCCAUACUUUUAGAGAAAAUAAACUAAUUAUUUUGAACUCAAAGACAUUUGUUUAUUACAGUUAUACUAAAUGAAUAUAUAUAUUAAUAUUAUAGUAAUAAAAAUUGUUCUCCAUUGCUGAUUCCCAUUAUCUUUGAUGGCAUGCCUUCAAUGUCUUUGCUGUUUUUUUUGUCAUUCCCCAUUUUCUCAAGCAACUAUAUUAGUUUUAAAACUUCAAAAAAAGCCUCUUAUUUUGAACAAUUCUUUGGAUUUUUUUAGGUUUACUAGGUAAUACAAAAUAAUUUUGCCUCAACUAUAAAUUCAGACAUGCAAAUAUUUCAUAAAUAGGAUCAUUUUCAUCAGUUUUUGCUCUUGGUUUUUUAUCAGAUUUUCUGUCUACAAAAUAUGGGGAAAAAACGUAAGCGAGUGGACAAGCCGCACACAACAGUGCCACUCAAGAAGCUUAAAGGGGAGAAUAUCACUACUAAAGGGUGAGCAGACUUUGUGUUCAUUCACAAAAAAGGUGUUUUCAUAAAUAUGCAUAGAAGCGCCAGAUUUGGGUAACAUUUUCACAUCAUCUCAUGCUAGCUUCCCAAACUAGUUAAAUUUAAAAGAAACUGAACCUUCUAUGUAUCUUUGCAACACAGAAUCAAUAGCUUUAUUUUUGUUUGAGCUUUCCAGUCAACAUGCUUCUAGCAUAGCAAGUAGGUCUAAUUUUUUUAUAUUUUAGCCCUAUUUAAUUCUAUUAAAAUUAAAACAUUUCAUUAUUUGUUAGUUUCAGGGUGUUGCAUUCAGAACAGAAAAGAACUUGGGGAGUAAAAAAACGUUCCCAUAAGGGACGUAAGAUUAACCUGGUGACACCAAAUAAUUUUAAAAAGAAGUCGAACAAAGUCCAGGUAGUAGCAAGUUGUGACUCGCCCAAAAAGUCUGCUUCCUCGGAUGUUACUAUGGCCAUUAGACAGGGCAGAUGGAUGUCGCCGAAAGCAAUGCCUGUUGAGACACAGGAGCCGACGAGCGGGGAGCCGUCGAGUUCACUGGUGACACUGACCCCCACAAGGAGGUCGAGUAGAGGACUGAAAGAAAAACCAGUUGUGCGAAGACUGCUGGAUGCUGUAAAAUGCGGGGACUUCAAAACGGCUUCGGAACUUCUCCAGUGUAAAGAGGAAACUGAACUUACUUCUAAGAAUGUUCGCGGCGAGGCUUUGUUAAAGUCUGCCUUCUUGGGUCACAUUGGACUUGUUCAACUCUUAGUUGAGCUGGGGACGGAUGUGAAUAGAAUUGAUUAUAGAUAUGGGACUCCGCUGAUAGCGGCCGUAGAAAAUGGUUACUUUGAUAUUGCAAAAUUUCUCAUAUGCAAGGGUGCUGAUGUCAGGCGGAAAUUGUGCAAUGGGGACACUGCAUUAAUGCUGGCGGUGAAGAAAGGCCACAACAUUUUGCUGGUGCAGCACAUUCUGGACUCAGGGGCUUCAAUUGAUGAAAGAAACCGUGCAGGUCAAACACCGACUAUGAUAUGCAUCCAAAAGUGUGACCUUAAUACACUCAUGCUUCUACUUCAUCAUGGUGCUAGACUUGACAUCAAAGACAAAGCCGGCAAAUCAGCACUUGACAUUGCGACAGAGAGAAACAUCAACAGUCUUGUUCAGCUGAUGCAUGCGUAUUGCCUUCAUCCCUACUGGACUGUCAGAAAGGCAAUAGAAACAAAUUCUGUUGGCAUGAUGAAGGCUCUUCAUAAAUGCGGAUUUGUAUAUUCUGGGUCCAUCAACAGUGAGACUAUUCUGAAAAGGGCACUUGGGCAUGGCUUCCGUAAUGGUUGGGACACAUCUUGUAAGAUUGAUAAAAAAAUCUUUAAAUCUAUUCAUGAAAAGGAGGAUGAAAAUGUUGCAGAAGAUGCUGAGGGCAUUCAACCACUGUUGCUGGCUGCUGCCUGUGGAUGUGACAAAAUUGUACGGUUUUUGAUUAAUGCUGGUGCUGAUGUGAAUGUCAAGGACAAUGAUAAAAUGAAUGCAUUGAUGCAUGCUGCUAAAAAUGGCCACAGUAAAGUCAUCAAGAUUCUAAUUGAGAAUGGGGUUGUUGCAGAGCAAGUUGGGGAAUUCGGAAACACUGCACUAAGUUAUGCUUUAGGGGAAGGCAACAUAGAAUGUGCAAGGCAGUUAAUUGCGUUUGGAGUUCCUAUCAACCCAAUGAUAGACUUUAGUGUUGCUGCUAGUAGAGAUCAGUGCGAAUCACUAAAGCUUCUUUUGGAACAUGAGGAUGUCUCCCUUUUUGAUGCCAAUGUCUUGUCUACUGCUGUGUGUGCCUUAAGUUACAAAGCAGCCCCAUUCUUGAUUGAGAGCGGCAUGGAUGUGAAUGCUUUGAUGUUCAGCGGUGAAACAGUUUUGAUGGAAGCGACAACGAGAGAAAUGGUUGAGAUGCUGAUAAGCAAAGGCGCCUCUGUCAACAAGAAAGGCUUGCAUGGCCAAACGGCCCUCAUCAAAUUUUGCUCUGGUGUGUCUUGUGAUGAAGAUGAGCUUACGCAAGAUGAAAUUGUGGCGGUCCUGUUAAAGAAUGCAGCUGAUGUGAAUGACACUGAUGCCCAAGGGUUUACACCGUUGAUCAAAGCCGCCCUGUAUAACAGGGAAAAUGUAACAAGGCUUCUGCUGGGUGCCAGGGCAGACGUUAACAAGGCAAAUGGGUCAGGGCAGACGGCCCUCAUGCUGGCCGCCCAAAGAGGGCUUACAUUAAUAAUGAUGGCCCUUCUAGAGCACAGAGCAGAGGUCAACCUGCAGGCUAAAGAUGGUUUUACAGCUCUCAUGUAUGCAGCAAUGAACAGUUACUCAGACUCUGUCAGGCUGCUUCUGGACCACAAGGCGGAUGUUGGUUUAGAGGAGAAGAGCGGAAACACGGCCCUGCUUCUUGCCACGGAUGUCAAAGUGGUGAAAAUGCUGGCAGAGUCAGGUGCCGAUGUGAACAAACAGAACAGAGAUGGUUUUUCUUCUCUAAUGUUUGCGGCAAGAUCAAGAAUCCCUCAAUUGGUAAAAACACUGAUUGAAUUAGGUGCGGAUGUUGGUGCGUUUGAGAAAGGAAAUAAGGAGACUGCACUUUCUUUGUUGCUUAAGAUGUCUAAUUUAAAUGAGGAAGGAUAUUCCUGCAUUGAGACUCUUGUGGCUGCUGGAUCAGCCAAGGUCCACUCUUCCCAUUGUGAUAUCACCUUGGCCAAGAUGAUUAUACAUAACAGACGAAAAGUUGUCAAGUUGUGCGUGAGCCAAGGCUCUGCUCCAUCACUCAUGUGCGCCAGGUGUCUUCAGAAAUACCAUUGCUUCUCCAAACAGUUCUGCGAUUCAUUGGCUAAUCUUCAGUUAUCACCCCUUGAUGUGGCGCUGAUUUGUGGAGACAAAGACAUCGCCAACUAUUUGGUUGCAAACUGCUUUCUGCUCAAGUCUGAUUUGAGGCCUCGUGAGAGGUUAAGAGAUCUCCUGGUCAGAGAUAAUUGCACUGAAAGUGUUGCUUUCUUGGACCAGUUUUUGUCCUUGCCUCCAUCUCUCUUCCAACUCACACUUGUUGCUAUUUCUAGCGCCCUACAACCUAGCCAGGUCAGGGAAGCUAAAAUCAAGGAGACCGGCUUACCACCCUCACUUCAAAAUGAACUCCUAUUUAAAUUUGACAGAGCAAAUUUAGAGGAGCAUGCAGAGUUUGUUGGACAGAGGCCAGACUUAAGAAUGGGCCACACAUAACCAGAGAUCUCCAAGUAUUGAUUCUGAAUAGGUUGACCGACUAUAGCUUUUGUUUUGUUUAAGAAUGUUGUUUUUUUCAUUCUGUUAUGUUGGUAAAGUUUUUUUUUCUUUAGUGCCCGUUUCCAGCACAUCACAACUUUACAUAAAAAUAUUUAACAAACUAACUAUUAAUUUAUUAUAUUG